AUACUCCCCACCAAUUCCAAAAACCCUCCCACCUCUUCUUUCCAAAUUCAUCCACAGCUGUUCCCUUUGGUUUUUUAUCUAUCAUUAUUACAACCUUUUCAACACACACACACACACACAUAUACAUACACUGUUUUUGGUUCUUUCAGUGAUGGAAGUGGUGAUAUUAUUGGGUGUUGUGAUGAUGUUGAGCAGCAGAGUUUGUGCGGAUCCAGACAUGCUUCAAGAUGUCUGUGUUGCUGAUCUCACUUCUGGUGUGAAGGUAAACGGGUUCCCUUGCAAGUCAAACUUCACGGCGGAGGACUUCUUCUUCGCCGGCAUAGCUAAACCUGGCGCCACCAACACCACCACCGGAUCACUCGUCACCGGCGCCAACGUAGAGAAAAUCCCGGGCCUCAACACCCUCGGCGUCUCCCUCUCCCGCAUCGACUACGCCCCCGGCGGACUCAACCCGCCCCACACGCACCCACGCGCCACCGAGAUGGUGUUCGUUCUAUACGGGGAGCUGGACGUGGGGUUCAUCACCACCUCCAACACCCUCAUCUCCAAGUCCAUCAAGGAGGGCGAGGUGUUCGCCUUCCCCAAAGGCCUCGUCCACUUCCAGAAGAACAACGGGAAGCAACCCGCCGCCGUCAUCUCCGCCUUCAACAGCCAGCUCCCCGGGACGCAGUCCAUCGCCGCCACCCUGUUCGCGGCCAAGCCGGCGGUGCCGGACGACGUCCUGACGAAGGCGUUUCAGGUGGGCACCAAGGAAAUUGAGAAGAUCAAGUCCAGAUUCGCGCCCAAGAAUUGAUCGAUGAUGGAUUAUCUGAUAAAAAAAAUUAAAAUUAAAUUAAAAAAAAAAAAACAAAGAAGAUUGGAAUUUCUACACGUGUACGAGAAAUUUCCUUUUUUUUUUUUUUCAAUUGUGAUCGAAAAUAAAAUUUGAAUUUCUU